AUGAUCACAUCGCCCUCGCUUUCUGCUGUAAGAAGUAGUAAGCACAGCAGCAGCGGUAGAGACAUUGGCGGCAGCAGCAGCCUCAGCCUCAGCAGCGCCGCUGAUCUCGCCUGGCAGAACGGGCACUCUGGGAAUACUACUAGCUGCACCAAGCCCUUCUUCCACUCCGUCCCUCCUUCGGACCCUUUACGGCAAGCGAAUCGGCUUCCCAUCAAAGUCUUGAAAAUGCUCACGGCUCGGACGGGACACAUUUUACACCCCGAGUAUCUGCAGCCUUUGCCUUCCACCCCCGUCAGCCCCAUAGAGCUGGAUGCUAAGAAGAGCCCCCUGGCCCUGUUGGCUCAGACGUGCUCCCAGAUCGGGAAGCCGGACCCUUCCCCUUCCUCCAAACUCUCCUCGGUCACCUCGAACGGCGCGGGCGGGGACAAGGACUCCAAGUCGGGCCCCUUGAAACUCAGCGACAUCGGCGUGGAGGACAAGUCGAGUUUCAAGCCCUACUCCAAGCCGGGCGCCGAGAAGAAGGAGCCGGGCCCCGCGGGCUGCGGUGGCGCCGCCUCGGGGGGAGUCUCCAGCGGGGAGAAGUCGGGAUUCCGGGUGCCGAGCGCCACCUGCCAGCCGUUCACGCCAAGGACAGGCAGCCCCAACUCCAGCGCCUCCGCCUGCUCGCCGGGGCUGCUGCCGGCCGAGGGCAAGGCGGGAGAGGACAAGAAAGACGCGGAGGGCUGCGGCAAAGGGGGCAGCGCCAGCUCGGACGGGGGCCCGGGCGCCGCCAGCCUCAGCCACAGCCGGAUUAGCGUGAGUUGUGGCGGGAUUAACGUGGAGGGCGGCCAGCACCCGGAGGGCGCGCCAGGCUCCAAGCCUAUCUCCUCGGACUCGUCCUCCUGCAGCAGCAGCACCACCGCCACCUCGUCCGCCUCGGUGCUGGGCUCCGGCCUGGUGGCCCCGGUCUCGCCUUACAAGCCGGGUCAGACUGUCUUCCCCUUGCCGCCGGCGGGCAUGAGCUACCCGGGCACGCUGGCGGGCGCCUACGCCGGCUACCCGCCGCAGUUCCUGCCGCACGGAGUGGCCCUGGACCCCACCAAGUCCGGCAGCCUGGUCGGGGCCCAGUUGGCUGCCGCUGGCAGCCUGGGCUGCAGCAAGCCGGCGGGAUCGAGCCCGCUGGCCGGCGCCUCGCCGCCCUCUGUCAUGACGGCCAGCCUCUGCCGCGACCCCUACUGCCUGAGCUACCACUGCGCCAGCCACCUGGCCGGCGCCGCGAGCGCCUCCUGCGCCCACGACCAGGCCCUCAAGUCCGGAUACCCGCUGGUCUACCCCACGCACCCGCUGCACAGCGUCCACUCCUCCCUGACGGGGGCCACCCCGCCCUCGCUGGCCGGCCACCCCUUGUACCCCUAUGGCUUCAUGCUCCCCAACGACCCCCAGCCCCACAUCUGUAACUGGGUGUCGGCCAACGGACCCUGCGACAAGCGCUUUGCCACCUCAGAGGAGCUGCUGAGCCACUUGCGGACCCAUACUGCCUUCCCGGGCACUGAUAAACUCCUCUCCAGCUACCCCAGCUCCUCCUCGCUGGCCAGCGCCGCCGCCGCGGCCAUGGCCUGCCACAUGCACAUCCCCACCACCGGGGCGCCGGGCAGCCCCGGCACGCUGGCCCUCCGCAGCCCGCACCACGCCUUGGGACUGAGCAGCCGCUACCACCCCUAUUCCAAGAGCCCUUUGCCCACCCCAGGUGCCCCAGUGCCAGUCCCUGCGGCUACGGGACCUUACUACUCCCCCUAUGCACUGUACGGGCAGAGACUUACCACAGCCUCCGCUCUGGGCUACCAGUGA